AAAACAAUAAAUAAAUGUCUAAUUGGCUCUUCACAGGAAUUUUAUGCGAUUCUGAGGCAUUUUCUGAUCAGAAUAGCAACUAAGAGUAUUUAGCUAUUUUAAACUGGAAAUCAGGAAAAUUGGGAAAGACUUGAAAGGGACGCGGGAAACGACGCGUCAUACUGGCGGUGUUUUAUCUCAGAACGAAUCAUCAAUUAAAAUUUAACCUCACAAAAUACUUACCUGGGCGUGUUUUGUGUUCAUUCUAGAUAUUUCUAUUUCAACAUUUUUGGGAUCAAUUUGUAUUCUUGAAGAAUGGCUCUUGAUCUUGUGUCCUACCUCCUUAUUAUCCUGGUGGUUGUCCUGCAUGUCGUUGUUUUGGGAUUUGUGCUAAGGAAACGUCCCAAGAGUAUUGCAGGGAAGCACGUUGUAGUCACCGGUGGAUCCUCAGGAAUUGGUCUCUGGACAGCUAUUCACUGCUUCAAGCGAGGCGCCAAUGUGACGAUUGUAGCUAGGAACAUGCAAAUUUUAGCUAAAGCUAAAGAGGUGAUUGAAAAGAGCAGGGUAAAUGAUGAGCAGAAAAUCCACAUCAAGUCGCUCGAUCUGGCCAACAGCUAUGAAGUCGUUGAGGCUGGUAUGAAGGAAAUUGAGGAUGAGAUGAAGCUACCUAUCUAUAUGCUCGUCAACUGUGCCGGAUUGGCUGUUUGUGGCUUAGUGGAAGAAGUCAGCGUGCAGGAUGCAAAAUUCAUGAUGGAUGUCAACUACUACGGCACCUACUACCCCACACGAUAUGUCUUGCCGAAGAUGAAAGCAGCUGGACAAGGAAUCAUCGUCAUUACAUCAUCUCAGGCGGCACUUCUUGGUAUCUACGGAUAUGGCCCCUAUGCAGCCACUAAGUUUGCCCUCCGUGGUUUAGCUGAAACUAUCCACAUGGAAGCAAGUCAAGCUGGAGUUGAUGUUACUCUGGCACUGCCAUGUGACACCGACACCCCUGGAUUUGAGCGUGAAGAGAAGACAAAACCACAGGAGACAAAAUUAAUUUCAUCAUCCGGAGGACUCGUACAACCAUCCGUCGUGGCAGAACGUCUCGUGGAUGAUGCCCUUACCGGAUCAUUUUUCUCCGUUUACGGCCUCGAGAGUUGGAUCCUCUCAAUCCUUUGCGUAGGCAUGGCUCCGUGGUCAGGUUUCUAUCUCAAUAUGCUACAGAUUGUUCUUCUCUCACCCCUACGCCUUGUGAGCUUCUUCAUUCGCCGAAACUUCAACAGUAUUAUCCGUGAUUGCGCCAAAGCAAAACCCAAAAAAGAUUGAAAACCAUAUUAAGGACUAAAACCCAAAGAACGAUUAUAUUUCGUCAUUACAUAAUUUUUUUUCAUAAUAUACAGAUUUAUAGUUUAAAAAACAAUUUUUAAUGUAUUUCCUAGAUGUGAAUAAACUGCUAUGUGCCUACUUAA